CUGUCCUGUCAGCUUGCGCACAAUCAAUAAACACUGCGCCUUUCCCCUUCUACCUCAAGUUUAAUGAAGUAACAAUGAACUCAAAGUCGGAUCAAGUCCCUUCUGACAGCGAUACCGAUGAGCUUCGCCCAAUAGCCAGGCAGCAUGCAACAAGAACGACCCCGGAGGGAUACACCAUUCUCGGGGAACGCUUCAAGAUCACUGAGUGGGCCAGAUCCGUAAACCACGCCGAAGUCUACGCCGCGGAAGAUUUAGGAGAACCUGCUGUCAAUGGACGAGCGACCUAUGAGGCGCGCCUGUACGACCUCCGAGACUUGUCAGACUCUCUCGAAGGCUACCGAACUCGCUCAAUGCGCAGGUUGUCAAAGAGAUCGGUCUUUCGAACCUCCUGGAAUGGCCUGCACGUUAUUAUUUACAAAACGGGCAAUCUCGAGGACCAUUCUGAUGCGACCUUGUCUGUCGUCGGGGCGAACCAGGAUGGGGUUUCACCAGACAUCGACUCCGCCUCACCGAAGGCUGUCGCAAAGGCAAAGAAAAAGACCGACCAAAAACAAGAGUCAGAUCGGUUGCGGCAGCUGGAAAGACGAAGAAGAAACCGGCAGUCUAAAAGGCAAGCGGAGGAUGACGACAGCGGUCAAUUUGUUGAAAACAGAACCGAGCCCCAUCCCCAGUCCGAACCAAGACUCCAGAUCCAGGUGGACGAGCGCGAAUUCGCCUUCUUCCGAAUUUUGUAUCUUACCUAUAGUCCCCCAGCGUUUCGGGAACGCGCCCCCCCUGGCCUGAGGCAAGCGGUAGAGAAGUAUCUUGCAACACGAGACGGUGAUGUUUUGCUCGAUGACGAGGAUGCUUUGGCAGAGUACAUCUCUGUCAAGGAACGCGAAAUUGUCUCUUUACGUCGGCAAUACAACAAGUUCCAGGCCGUCUUGGAUCAAUGGCAUGGGCAGUUGAAGGUCAUGCGUGAAAACCAGACCAAGUUCAAGCCAGGUUCUAUGGAAUGGAACAAACACGAAAAUGAACGUGUGGAGCCAAUGUCCGCCCAGUGUUCCAUCUUGGAAGCAGGCCUCGAGCUUCUGCCGAAGAUCAUUACAGCAACUGAGGAAAAGAUGGAAUCGUUGAAGCCAAAGUUGAUCGCAGCUCGCCAGGCCAAAGAAGAGCGAGAAGAAAAGCAAACGGCCAAGUUGGAGCGGAAGAGGUUGAACAAACGCAUCAAACAGUACGAAAAAUGGAUCUAUGGUGUCCUCCCUGGUUCGGAAACCUACGCUUGGCUUCAAAAGGAGCUUGAGGCUGCAGAGAAGCGACUUGACGAGAUGGGCAAAAUGAAGCAGAUGUGAUAUUUUUAGAUCGUCAAGGGUAUGGAAUCUCUAUUUGUUAAAAAUGCGAAUAUCCUUGCCUACUUCAUGGCCACUACACCCAAACCUUGUUAACACUUAAAAUAAAGACUGCACCUGCAUAAUAGCGUUUUACAUAGAUUAAGUGCUAUGUAUCGAACGUGAUACAAUAAAUCCUGUAUGUUUUCCUCAGCAGCUGGCAACUUCGUCCAAGCAUCUCGUUUUAAUUCAGACACUUUAGG